AUGGACAGAGUGGAGUUUGUGAGGGGGAUCUUUACCGAUGGGUUGGAGAAUCCCUGGUUUGUCAUCUCUGAGUCAUACCUGACCAAGUUUCAUGGAUGGCCGUUGUCUUCAAACCAGAGAGCUUUUGAAUACUUCAAUCAAGCUGCUAAUGCUGGCAACUCACACGCCAUGGCAUUUUUGGGGAAGAUGUAUUCAGAAGGAAGUGAUAUUGUACCCCAGAGCAACGAGACAGCUCUUCAGUACUUCAAGAAAGCUGCUGAUAUGGGUAACCCUGUGGGACAAAGUGGUCUAGGAAUGGCUUAUCUAUAUGGAAGAGGUGUUCCAGUGAAUUAUGAUCUGGCACUGAAAUAUUUCCAGAAGGCAGCCGAUCAAGGAUGGGUAGAUGGACAGCUUCAGUUGGGCUCCAUGUAUUACAAUGGCAUUGGAGUCAAAAAGGAUUAUUCAAAGGCUUUGAAUUUUUUCAACUUAGCUUCUCAAGGAGGCCACAUUCUAGCCUUCUAUAACCUGGCACAGAUGCAUGCCACUGCCACUGGGGUAGAGCGUUCCUGUCGUACUGCAGUUGAGCUGUUUAAGAACGUCUGUGAACGAGGCCGUUGGUCCGAAAGGCUCAUGACCGCCUACAACAGCUACAAAGAAGGUGAUGCAAAUUCUGCUGUGGUUCAGUAUCUCCUGUUGGCGGAGCAAGGCUAUGAAGUGGCGCAGAGCAAUGCUGCCUUCAUACUUGAUCAAAAAGAAGCCAGCAUCAUAGAAGAAAAUGAGACGUAUACCAGAGCUUUGCUACACUGGAACAGAGCUGCCUGCCCACCAUAGAUGUUCUUCUUUUGGGUAAUAGGUUACACUGUUGCUAGACUCAAACUCGGUGAUUACCACUUCUACGGCUUUGGCACUGACGUUGAUUAUGAAACUGCAUUUAUUCACUACCACCUGGCAACAGAGCAUCAACAUAGUGCUCAAGCUAUGUUCAACCUUGGGUACAUGCAUGAGAAGGGACUUGGCAUCAAGCAGGAUAUCCACCUUGCAAAACGCUUCUAUGACAUGGCUGCUGAUGCUAGUCCCGAUGCUCAAGUUCCAGUCUUCCUUGCCCUCUGCAAAUUGGGAAUCGUUUAUGCCUUCCAGUAUAUACAAGAAGCCAAUAUCAAGGAGGUGUUCUCCCAUCUUGACAUGGAUCAGCUCUUGGGACCAGAGUGGGACCUUUACCUCAUGACCAUCAUUGCUCUGCUCCUGGGCACAGUUAUAGCUUACAGACAGAGGCAGCAUCAAGCAAUCCCCAGGCCUGCAGGACCCCGACCAGCCGCACCUCCCCAAGAGCCUCCUCCAGAACAUCCUCCACAUCAAUAGCAAAAGCCGAGGAUCUGGAUGCCGUGAACUGGAUUUUUCCCAGCUGGGACUGCUCUUGUGAUUCUUUUUUCUUUUUUACGACACCAGAUGGAUGGUCACUUCCACAUCAGAGAGACAAAAGGAGUGUUGCAUUAUGAAAGCUGCUGAGAACAAUGCCUUUAUUUUUUUUUUCAGGGAUAUGCAACUUUCUUCAAGACUGAGAUGAAUGUUAUUUCAGUGCCAAUGGAAUAACACAAUAGCUUGAGGGAGACACAAAUUUGCUACUGCGAAAGUGAUGCCUGCUAUAUCCAGAUUGUUACUCAGAGCCCUUUUUCCAUCCUUGCUGUGAGAGUUUACCCUCCCUGGUGGAAGCUGGCCCUACCCAGAAAGGAAAAUGUAGUUGUGAGGCUUCAUUCAACACUGGAAAAUCAGACCUCUGCACCUCUGAAGCAAAGGGCAGGGCUUUUCUUGAAGUGCGUUUGACAUUAUGAUAAACACAAUGCUUUUAUCUGCCCCGUUCUCCCAUAUUUCUUCUUUAAAGCUGUCUUAAUCCCUUGAGAGUAUUUUUGUAUCUGUUUUGGAUGGUUCAACCUGGAUACAACAGUCGUAAGAAGCAGAUAAGACAAUCAGUCAAUACAAUGAUGAGUAUGCUACUUGUUCGCUGUGGUCUGCACUUAUCCCUCGCCUCUUGCACGUACCCUUUUGCUAGUAGCAAAAAUGGCCUAAAAGGGUUAGGGAUAUGGACUACGUUUGUAACAUGAAAACAUAAUCUAACAAAGUCCUUGAGUAUGCAGAAUUCCAAUCUGUCUCUUCAGCUUCUCUGCAACUUUUAUACUUGGAGGAUGGGGUUCAUUAGGCUUGCUUUUUCAUAUUUCUUUUUAAAAGAUGGGUGGUCCAUAAAUAUCCCAAGAUUGGCCCCCAGUGUUAGAGAAUCCUUCUGAGCUCAAGAAUUGGUAGACUUAACUUCAUAAGAUGAUUGUUUUUUAAUGGUGGUUUGCUUUUCAGACUCUUAAUGAUAGCUUUAAUGAGCCAGAUUUGUCUUAACUUGAUAUAAGUGGGAGAGUCUUGUACUGUAAGUGGAGUUAUUAAUGUAACUGGAUGUCUACCUGUGUAUCCAAAGUUCGUAUUGGAAGUAGCACUUAAUGUUAUUGGCGGAUAUCUUCACUGUUUAGACCAGACGAUUUUGACCUCUUCUCCCCCUGCCCAGAUUCCUGUGCUUGUCAGGAGAGAGCAUACAUGACUUUUUCGGUACCUCCACAAAGAUACUUGAAGAAAAUCUCCAGUGUUUGUUGUCACAAAACAACACCUAAGAGCCAUCUUUGUAGGAGGAAAACUCAUCCUUUAGGUUUCCCUCACUAUUUCAAUCCAGUUGCUCUUCCUGACUUCCCUAUUUAGGCAAGUUAAUAUUCCAAGUACAAAUGCAAGGAUAACUUUCUGCUAGAAGACCUAGACCAGGAAUCUGCAACCUGUGGCUCUCCAGAUGUUCAUGAACUACAAUUCCCAUCAGCCCCUGCCAGCA